UCAUGAGGAAUUUGAGGUGUGAAUGGUCAUUGACAUAUCUUUUGUUUCCAAGGGUGGGAGAGAUCUGAGGUGUGAAUGGUCAUUACAAUGUGUGACAAGCUUGGAAGGAAAUCUUGUGUUCAGUGUUUUUUGUCCAUCUGAUCGCCUUGAAAACACUUUUCAUGCAUUUUUCAUGAUGAAAAAGGGCUCUGGACAGCAUCGGGAACUGGAAGAGUUAAAAAAAAAAUUUAAAAUGCUUAUAAACGCGAUUUGCUGCGUUUAGAAGCGUUUUGCGUUUGAAACACUGAUAGAAUCUACUCCUGAACGCAAGUGUGUUGCGU